GGCGACGCUGCUUUGCCUUUUGAGUUGCGAGCCACCAGCAUUUGAAAUUUUGAACCAUCCAUCGUCUUCUUCCUCCCCCUUCCACCCUCCCAUUCGGCCAUUCCAUUCCAUAUUUGCAUUGCAGGAGGAGGGGCGAGGAGAUUUGCUUGCAGGAGGAGCAGCAGCAGAGGCCGCGGAGCAAAUAUAUAUUGAGCAUGGGGUGCGUCUCGUCGGCGUUCCUGGAGGAAGAAGCCGAGGACGGCCGCCGCCGCAUCAUCUCCCACCACCACAUCGUCUCCCUCACCUCCUCCACCUACGGCAUCCUCACCUACUCCGAGCCGCCGCAUCCAACAAAAACCACCUCCGCGCCUCCACCGCCGCCGCCGCCGCCGCCGCCGCCGCCGCCGACGAAUCUCAAACCCGAAACCCAUCCCCAUCCCCAGCCGGAGGAGGUCAUCAACUCGUGGGAGCUCAUGGCCGGCCUCGUCGACCCCUCGACCCCGUUCAGGCCUCCUGCCCCGUCUCCCUCCUGCAAGCCUAAACGCCGCAUCCGCUUCCCUCUCCGCCCAAUCGCCGGCAACGCCAAGCCAGGCGCCCGCGCUCCUCCCCCGGCGGCUUCGGCGGUGCUCUACACCACCUCCCUCCGCGGGGUCCGCGCCACCUUCGAGGCCUGCAACGCCGUCCGCGCGGCGCUCCAGGCCCACGGCGUCGCCUUCAGGGAGCGCGACGUCUCCAUGGACCGGGGCUUCAGGGAGGAGCUCCGGCAGCUGCUCGCCCCCGCCGCCUGCUCGCUCCCCAGGCUGUUCCUGCGGGGCCGCCACGUCGGCGGCGCGGAGGAGGUGCUGCGCCUGGACGAGCAGGGCCUGCUGGCGCCGCUGCUGGAGGGCCUGCCCAGAUCGGGCACCUACUGCUGCGACGGCUGCGGCGGCACGAGCUUCCUACCCUGCUUCGACUGCUCCGGGAGCCGCAAGGUGGCCGUGGCCGUGCCCGGCAACCAAGCGGGUCGCAGGCGGCGGACCACGGUGGUGGUGCGCUGCGGGGAGUGCAACGAGAACGGCCUCGUGCUCUGCCCGAUCUGCUCCUGACUGCUCCUCCGAUCCGUCGAUCAAUCAACCAGCCAACCCCAUUCAGAUCAGCCCCUCUCCUCUCCUUUAAUAAUUUCCUCUUCUUCUCCUCUCUAUCAGUAGUGCAGCAUUAGUACUAAUCAAUCAAGUGGUUGUAAUCAAGCCAAGCCUGGUCGUUCAUGAUCAAGUCAAAGAGAAUGGUAUUCUGCAGUA